AACGAGUUGCUCCCCGCCACAGUCCGAAAUCGGCUAGCGUGACGAUACGACGUGCGGCAACAGUCGUUUAAUAGUAAUAGACCCGUUGCCUUAUAUCGUUUAGUUCUCAAUAUCAGUACAUCGUUGAUUUGAAUAAUACCGCGGCUAACCGAGUGUUAGUGUCAGUGUCGAAAAAGAAAGAGAUUUUGUGGAAAGAGAAACAAUUCAGUCAGAUUUCCGGCGUCCAGUGUAAGAAGAAAUUCCGUUGUCACGAUGGCAGCCCACGAGCAUCAUCGGGCUGCUGCUGCUUCUACUCUUGCUAUUUUCGCAUUGUUACCGUUUAUAGUUUACGCUGCCGAGCCUUCCUUGGAGAUUCUUCCGAGUGGAGAGACGCAGACGAAGGCAAUCGGAUCCAGCAUCAUUCUGACGUGCAAUCCAAAGGUCGAAGACACGAAACUGAUCUCUGAUAUGCAAUGGAUCGAUCCGCAAGAUCGUGUGAUCGAGCCUUUGAAACUCGUCGUUUUGCCGAUCGAAAGCAACAUACCAGGCCAUUCAAAGCCGCCGAUGUACACCGAAUUGCACCAGGAUAACAGCUUGUCUUUGUUCUUCAACUCGCUGCAAGAGCAGCAGGCUGGGAAAUACACGUGCAAAGCCACUUACGCGAAUUCGAUUCAAUUGCAGAAGUCUGUGACGAUCGAUACCAUAGUUGCGAUCACUUGGGACAAUGCACCGCUCAAUCAAUACCCCAUUCUGGGCGAGGACUUCGCUAUUCAGUGCAAAGUGCGGGCAAGGCCUUCGCCUUCGGUCGACUGGUUGUACAACGGCGAAUUAAUUAAGACGAACGACCACUACAUUAUAGACACGUAUGCACUGAAGAUAAAGAACGUUCAAGAAUCGGAUGAUGGCGUUUACACUUGCCGCGCUUCCGUAUUUUCCACCGGUGAGCUCAAGGAACGACCUAUCCGCGUCGAGGUCCACAUACGGCCCACGGUGAGCGACGUGCCCAACGCCAUAAACAUGAUCGAAGGAAACGACGCGAGUAUAAACUGCGAUGCCCGAGGCAAGCCGCCCCCAAAAUUCACCUGGGUUAAAUCGUUGACCCACCAGAAUCUGUCGAACGCGGAUCGUUUCUCGGUCGAUCCGGACACGGGUGUGCUCACGAUCACCAACGUGAACAGGGACGAUGCAGGGGAGUACCAGUGCACGGCUACGAAUCUGGCUGGCACCGCGAACACCAACAUCAUGGUGAACGUGAUCGUGAAACCGAAGAUCAUCGAGUUCUUGAACAGCACGGUGGUCGAGGACAAAGAGGCCACGCUGGUGUGCAAGGCGUUCGGCAGGCCGCCGCCCCAAGUCACUUUCAGGAAGCUGACCGCAGAGAAGGCGUACGUUAAGGGUCCCCAAUUGGACAACGACAGGAUCAUCCUCGACAACAGUGGCGAUGACAGCGAGACAAUCGGCACACUGACGAUCACCCAGUCCCUCAGAUCGAACGACGGAUUGUACGAGUGUGUCGCGCAGAACGCCGGUGGUGACGCGCGUAGGAUCGGCCAUCUAACCGUCGAGUUUCCACCGUCUUUCGCCUCUAUGUCGAACACAAGCGUCUGGUCGUGGGACCAGAAACCCGUGAACAUCAGCUGCAUAGCCGAGAGCAUACCGAACGCCACCAUACGUUGGACCAUGUACGGCGAUCAGAAGAUCGACAACGACAAGAUGAUCACGCAAAUUGGUAACGGGCCACGAUCUAUACUCACCAUCGUCCUGGACAAGCGGUAUUACACCACUUACAAGUGCAUCGCGUCGAACGCGCACGGGACGCGGGAGCGGAACAUCGAGUUGAGGGAGGCCACGAAGCCGGGAGAGAUGUUGCAGGCGAAGAUGGCGGAGAUCACCGCGACCACGAUUAGAUUCGAUCUUGUACCACCGAGUACGCAUCCCGAGCAACCUCUCAGAACGAUUACCGUGCAGUAUAAGGAGGACAGGCAGACAUGGAUUGAGGCUAGGAACAAGACGUGGUCUGUCGAUUCGUACUACGUACUCGAAGGUCUGAAACCGCAGACUAUGUACGAGUUCCGGUUCGCAGCUAGAAACGAUGUCGGUCUUGGUAAUUGGGGGGCGUUCUAUCGCGAGAUGACGCCCGGAAGGACGGUUCCUAACGAGCCAAAGAUAGUAAUGCCGACGGUGGAGUACGAUCUGUCCAGGUACAGCAAUCAAUACGAGUUGAGCUGGCUGGCGCCGGCUGAUAACGGCGAGCCGAUCGACAUGUACCAGAUCAAAUAUUGCCAAAUAAGACACGUUUCCGGCGAAUGGGAGACGUUAGAGGAUACCUGCCGAACGGAGGACAUUAGGACGCAGGGAAGAAUGAGGCAUUGGUUGAGAAAUCUCUACUCGGACACGUUCUACAAGGUCGAGUUGAAGGCGCACAACGCGAUAGGUUUCAGUAAGCCUGGAUCAGCGAAGUUUAAGACGGCCAGGGGUAUAGACACUACCGUGGUUCAUCAUCAAGGUCCUCUGAUAUCGAGCGCAGCCAUAAUCGGUAUUGUGAUCGCGGUACUGUUCAUUAUUAUUAUCGUGAUCGACGUGAUUUGCUGUUGCGCGCACAAAACAGGAAUCAUUUACUACGUCUGCGAACGUUCCCGCCGGAAACCAGUGGACGAAGAGGACGCGAAACUUGGCAGUCUUUACGGUUGGCGGUUUCCAUUGCCGUAUUGCGACCAAAAAAUGGCCAAUGUCGCCGGGGUCACGGCCAUCCAAGACUCGAGUAGUGGAAAAAAUACCAUUAAAUUGGUCAAACACACUGCCAUAGACGAAAAGGAGCCACUGAAGGAAGAGAAGAAAAUCACACCGAUCAUCGACUCGGGCCUGCGUCGGGAGACAUCUAUCACGUUUGACGGGAAGAGAUCCGUUUCAAAGACCGGUUUCGUCGGAAAGGAUUCAGCUGUCUAGAUAUUCUUCCGGCGUACUAGAUUGUAAAUCAUCGUGGAAACAUUACUCCUGGCCAAGUGUUCUCGAAUAACACAAAAAUAGCCCGUACAUCCCGAAACAUACACGUAGGGAACAGAAUUUUGCACUUGUCAAAAAUCUUCUCCUUUGACGAAUUCGAAUUUUGAUUCACGAUUCUAUUCGGGAUAUUGCGCAAGGACGUAAAGUACUGAGAUGUUAAAAGCGACAUCUCGUCCUGUUUCAUAAAUGAGACACCAUGCGCCAUCUGACCGCGAUCGAACAAUACAAAAUCGUAUUCGACUGCUUCAUUCGCGGAAUAUCCAAUGAGCGACGCGAUAAUUCGCGCGUACAUUCUUGUCCCUUCUUCUUGAGGGUACGAUAAAACGAUCUUAGCAUUUAUUCAUAAGUCUGCACUUUAUCAAUUUUUCUCGAUACAAAAUUAUCUGCACAUACAUUUUUCACAAGUCUUGAUAGUUCUGUAUUUAUAAGAAAAAUAAAUCUUUUUCUUUUUCCCCUUUCCCUCACCGAUGUAAUCAUCAAAGUGUAACAGAGAGACACAUAUGUAGUUUACGAUUUAUAGUAAAAUACAUAAUUCGUUUUGUGUUUGGGGAAAAAGAAAAAAUUAUCGAUGUAAUGUAACGUAGCAAAUAUUGCAAGGAGAAAUUAGAUAAAUCGCUUAUACAAAAAGAGAAUGUACAAAAUUAAUCGCGAAAUUGGUAGAAGUUGGUCGAUAAUUAGUGAUCAUUGCUUCGAGGCACUCUCUAGAUAACUGCAGUCUAGUACGCUGGGUAGUACUGUGUUAUCAUGUGCACAGCACGAAACUAAAAAGGUACAUUUGACUUAUUCCAUAUCGUUUCUUCUACGUUAAUAGAUAGAACAUCAUAGUUAAUAGAAAUAAAAUCCGAGAUUUUAAAAAGUUGGCGAACGAAGUGGGAACGAGUGGAAUAGAUUUUCUCUCUCUCUCUUUAAAUGAGAUUCAUCAUUUUAUAUGGUGUAUCUUCGAUCUGUGUACAUAUAUAAAGUUAUCAUAUUUCUUCGACAUGUUCCAUUCAUGUAUGUUUUUUUUUAAUUAGAAGUCAUAUUACAUGGUCCGCAAAGCAUUUCAUUUUUUUUUUAUAUUUGUCUUUAAACGACGAAUUAUCAAUUUCGUGAUUAUAUAUGACUUAAUUUCAAAGACUGAUUCGUUUAAGCGCGAAACUUCAUGAAAAUAAAUUGUACCGGUUAUCAUUGAGAAUUAAAUAACUCAGUAAUAAUAAUAAAUAAUUUUCGCUUUAAUUCGUCGUUUAUAUCUUUUGACAAGAUUUAUUAUUAGUAUGUGUUUCCUCUAGCUGUAAACAAUGUUUUUACAAAAAUAUCUAUCGCUCAGUUUUUGGGUAUGAUUAUACUAUUGUCUUGCCGUAUCAAUCAUGAUUGACGUAUUGGUUAUCUGCCAUGCGUUUAUUCACGGUUAGUUAAUAUUUUUAUCUUUUAUUUCGAGAUACUUUUUACGUGGAUAUUUCUUUUUAUAUCCUUGAUUUAAUUUAUCGCGAUAGUUUUUACCAUGUACAUUUUAUAAUAUAAAGAUUACAUCGUUGAGGCGUCGUAUGCAAGAGCAGCCCUAGUAUCUCUUUACUAUUUUUACAUUUCCAUUAUUAGUACUUUACGUAUCCUAUGUAGUUACCUUUAGAAAGAAAGUAAUCUAAGAGAACUAGGCAGCUAUUGUGAUCGAAUUCUAAUCGAUAAAAUUGUGUAUUAUCACGAUCGUAUUAUCGAUGCAAUUAGAGAACAGUAUACUUAAAAAACUGUAAAAUACGAAAAUUAAAGGAAGAUUUCAAAAGAAUAUUGCAUUCGAUAUAUCGAUCGCGAUACCGUUUUAAUAAGUCCUCAAAUGUAUCUUUCGACAAAUUAAGUCUCUCUAAUAUAUAUGUAUAGUAUAAUCAAAGCAGCGAUAUCUUUGAUAAAUUAAACAUACAUUGAACUUUUCUCGCUUUGAAUACUAAAUCAUAAUACUUGCUAAUUGUAACAAAGAUCCAGAUUUUUUUGUUAAGAGCAAGUUAUUCAAAAAAAAAAAAAAAAAAAAAAAAAAAAAUCAAUCGAAAGCUGCCAUAUAAAUAUAUAUAUAUAUAUUAUUUUAUUCGAUAACAAAAUAAUACCAUUUUUGUCCUAAUGUGUAAGAUGGCUUUUCAAGAAAAUGCAGUUAAAAUGUGAUAAGUUUUUGUAAAUGCUUGUAAACGUUUUUCCUAAACUUUAAGAAAUAUUGGAAAUAAGUUUAGAAAAGUUUGGUAAGAUUAGAAUGUUGUAUGCGAGGUUGGAAGGUGUGUUCGCAAAACAAAAGAGAAACAAAAAGACUAGUAAAUAUGAAUUGCAAAAAAUAAUUAAUCGUGUGUAUAUUUAUUUAAGAAAGUUAUACCU